AUGAUGGUGCACCGUGUUUUGUGUUUUCUCGCUUUGCUUGUGAGUGUCGACUGUCUCUGUCUGGUAGCGGCAGACACUCAAGCUGAACUUGAGGCUGUUUCCCCUUGCCGAGAAGGUGAUAGUAGUUGUCCUUCUGGUGCUGCUGGUCCUCCUCGAACUUCUGGUAGUGAUCUUGCAAGGGAAGCUGCUGGUAAUGAUGCUUGUCCUGAAGGCAAGAAAGAUCCUCCGUGUACUACUACCGGUGGUGAAGCUGAAGGUCCCCAAGCUAAUUGUGAGAAAUCUCCUGGGACAGGCAAAUGCACUAACAGGGAUCAAGAGAUUCAAAACAACUGCUCUUCUGAUUCUAAACCUUCUUGCAAUGCCCCAAAGGAACCAGCUCCAACUUUACCAAAGGAACCGGUUCCCACUAAAUCGGAAGAGCAGAAUUCAGAAGAGACCAUUCCUGCUGCUGUGGAAUCUGCUGGUGUAUCCGGUGAAUUAGGUGCUGCUAGCAGUGGGCUAAGUUCUGGUACUCAUACUGAUACUGGUGGUGGCACUGGCUCUUCUUCUGCUCGUCCAACUGUAUCUUCUUCACCUGAUGUUACUGCUCCCUCUGCCUCUGAGGAGAGGAGGGAUACGUCCGCAACUGACCCUCAAACUGAAGAACGAGGAGAAAGUACAACAGAAGAGAGUAGAGCUAACCAGGGAGGUGAUGCAGCACAACCCACUUCUUCUUUACCCAACAAUUCAGCCACAGGGAGUGUAGGUGAAACUGCUGCUGGGAAUGAUGCUACAACGGUUGAGAAUGGCAGUAACCCUGAAGAAAGUGAAUCAACAAGUACCCAAGAAGUUGCUGCAGAUAAUACAGAUACCCCUACCACCACCACCACCACCACAACAACAACAACACUUCCUCCUGGACUCACAAACAACAAGAAGGGUGAUGCAGACAGCAGCAGCAGUAUCAGCAGUUCUGUGUGGGUGCGAGUACCACUACUGAUUGUGGUUACAUUGGCCUGUAUUCUUGUGUGCUGA